UCAACGUUUGUUAGUUUGUUGAUAACGUCUCAGCGCAAGCGUAAGCAGUUGGGUGUGUGUGUAUAAUAACAGAAGUCGGAAUUUAUCUGCGCUCAGUUAUUAUUAAUCUUAUCUUUGAAAGAUGGCAAACGUCAAGUUAUUGCCUUCAUAUCUGAUAAUGGUAUUUUAUUUGGUGCAUAGAGUGUCGGCUCUGUCAUGCUAUGAAUGUAGCUCAAAAGAGGAUGUGACAACAUGUGGAGAGACCUUAGCUCCCAGUCAUAAUCUUGAACCUGUCAACUGUUCACACAUCCGGAAUCCCCAAUAUUGUAUUAAGAAAACUGGCCUCUUUGAAGGUGUGCUGGGCACAUCCAGAUUCUGUUCCUCCAAAGAUUUUGGCAACUACUGCGAGUUGGUAACACGUCCUGGGGAUGAGCGCCAAUACUAUGCAUGCGUGUACACCUGCUCAGGGAAUGCCUGCAACCCAGCCAGUAUCAAAAAGCUUUCUGUGCUGCUGCUGCUGAUGAGUGUGCUACUUGUUGCAUCGCAUUAAAUGGCACUUUCAUCUGCAAAUAUGGAAUCACGCUCUCACCUGUUAAUGUCCUUAUUAGAAAUAUUAUCUUCAUUCAUGCUAAAACAUCAAACUAUGUCCUCUCUUGCAAUUGUUGCAAUGAUCCUGUUGUAUCAUUUAGAUGGGAUUUGUAAGUGAAUAACACUCAGGGUCAGUUUUACACCGGUAAUUUUACUUCUACAGUUUUUUUUGGCACACAUUUUGAAUUGGAUAUUGUUCAUGUAAUUUUAUAUCUGCAUUGAAGUCAUCCUAAGGCUUAGCAACUUUGCUUGCUGCAAAAACAAUUUGUAUGCUAAGGUAAUCAGCAUUAAAAGAUCAUGUUUUCAACUAGCUCAACAUCAUUUCAGUACAAAUUGGGUUUCAAGAUUGUUUUGAUUUUGUUGCGUGAACUUUCAGGAGACUCUUACAAAUAGGCAUGUCUUUAGUGUUCAUUCCAUAAUACAUUUUUUUUUUGUGCCGUGAGUUGCUUUUAAACUUGAGAAUCCCAAAAUAGAGAUUUGAAUCCAAAUGAAAUUAAGUGAAACGAUUUCCGUCCAUAAACUAGAACUGUUACAAUUUUAUGUCUCAAA